AUGUCAACUGAACUCGAUACUUCAACGUCAAAAAUGCUAAAGGGAGAUGGCUUUCCCAACGGGACUGGGGGCACGGUGAAACAGAACCAAAGUGGUACUCUAGAACCUUCUAAUUCAAACACUCCCAACACGAAUGGAAAUGAUGAUUCUAUCCCAUCGACAGCUGCAACAACGGAUCCCCUUAUACACCAGGGAAAUAUAAAUCCUCAAUUGAAAAGCCCGAGAGCCUCUGUUAUGUCCUCCAAUGCUAACAUGAAUGAUAACCCAGAUUCGGAUUUGAAACCAAACCAUCAUCAUCAACGGUACCAAACACCGCCUCCAAUACCACAUGUUGAGAUUAAUCAGGUACCAAUGUCAUUAAUAGUAAGGAAUAUUACAAUAUUCACUAUAAAAGAAAUCUCUCAAUUUAUGAAAACAAACCUACAUACAGAUCCAUCAUCUCCCUCCUCCUCUUCAUCUAUUAAAAAAAUGAAUUUCUUAAAAUUAAUAAUAUUCUUAAGAAAUCAAUUCUUAAAAUUAUACGUCUUAAUUAAAUGGACAAGAACAAUAAAAAAUAAUAACUUCAAUAAUAUGAUCGAUUUAUUAAAUUGGUUCAGAACAACAAAUAUGCUAGUAAAUAACUGUAUUUGGUCAUUAAAGGGUAAUUUAACAUCAAUGGCAAAUGCUAAAUUACCAAAUGUGGAUCUAGUAAGUGCAUUAGAAGUAUUAAGUUUGGGAAGAACUAACUUACCAACUCAUGAUUUCAAAUUAAGUGGAGAAUCAAAUAAUACCUUUCUGAAAAUUCCAAAUGAUUUAAUCUUAAAGAAAUUAAAAGAUUUAAAUUUAUUAGUUUCCAUUAAAAUAUCUUUAAUGGAUAUACCAAAACAAUUUGAUAAUGAUUAUUUCAUUGCUAAUGGUAGAAUUUAUCUGAAAGUGGAAAACGAAUUCCAAAUUCAAUUAUCAACUAUUGAUCGUCAUUCUCCUUUGUUUUUCGUAGAUUUAAAUUUAUUAUUAACAAAUUUUGAAUUAACUGUCCCCAAUAAGCAAAGACUAGAAAAAUUAAUUAACGAAAUCUUGUUGAAAAAUCCAAAACCAUUAUUCGCUUUAUAUCAAUUCCUUCAUAAAUACGUCAUAACUUUACAAUUAUAUUCCAUUAAUUUGGAAUUAUCAAGAUUGGAAAAUUUUGGUAAAUUUUCAGGAGGAAAUCUAAUUCAUUCUUAUGAUUCCAAGAAAUGCUUAAUUUCAAUUAGAUAUUGGUUACAAAAUAAAAUGAAAAAUAUGGGCAAAAUUAUCAUCGGUGUUGACAAAAAGACUGAUAAUUUGAUCUUAAAAUGGGAUAAUAAUAAUGCUAAAGAAUCCAAAGGUAUGUCCACAACUUAUACAAAUAUUUCUACCAAUUUGGAAUCUAUAUUGGAUGAAAUUAUGUAUAAUCAUUGUCAAUUAAUUAAAUCAGAUUUAUUAGCAAGAGAUAUUUUCCUGGAGGAUGAUGAAAAUAAUGACGUUUUACUCUUUCAAAUUCCAACGACCUGUUUAUCAAUGUCCUCAAUUCAAUUGAAAAUUGAUUUAAUUAGUGGUGUGUUUUUCUUCAAAAACCCAACUCCAUUCCUAUCGAAUUAUAUUCAACAAAUGAAUAGAGCUUCUUCAAUUGAAGAAUUAAUAAAAGUUUUACAUCGUUUAAAAUUGGACAAAAUUAAAAACAUUUUACAUAAUAUGUUUGAAAAGACAGGUUGGAUUUGUAGUAAAACUAUUAAAUUAGAUAGACCAAUAAAGACAAAAUUGAAUACUACUAGUGAAUCCCAAAUUUUACAACAUGAUAUGUUCAUUUGUUUGCCCAGUUGGCCAGUGAAUUGGUAUUUAAUAAUAACAAUUUUAUCAUCAAAAUCAUCAUGUGUCAUAGAGAAAAGAAUUGGUAAAAUACUUUCCAUCAAGGGUAAAUGGGAAUUAACAUAUUUAGAUGAUACAAAUAUUGCCACUUCAAAAUUAGAAACAAUCACCUAUCAAAAGGUAUUAUCUUUACAGAACACCAUCCUGCAUAGAAUUGUAAAUCAUAUGUUAAUCGAUUCCUUAAAUCAAUUGAAGAUACGUAAUAAAAUAUGCUCAGGUGAAUCUAUUUCAUCUGCAUUACCAUCAUAUAUUACUAAGAAUAAAUUGUCUCUGUCCUCACUAUCAUCCCCCUCCCAAGAUAAGAUAUUAGGUGAUAAUCUUCGUCAAAAUAAUCAAGAGUCAAAUGAUUACACUUCAAUUAUAACUUUAGAAUUAGAAUCUUUUUUGGAAGGAUCAAAAGCUCUAAAUGGUAUAUUGGCAAGCUCCAUGUUUUUAAGAAUCGAUUAUGCCCGAUCAGAAAUAAGAUUAUAUGCCAAGUUUAAAAGAAAUACAAUGUUAAUUCAAUGUCAAUGUGAUGACUUAUCAAUUCAUUUUGUUCCACAUGAUUCAUUAGCUUUCUUCUUAAGUGAAAAGUUCACUAAUUUAAGUUUAAUCAUCCAUCAUUUAACAACUUUUAGACAAAAACUACUGCAACUAGUUAUCUUAACAGAUGUAGUGGAAAGGUUACACAAGAAUUUUUCAUCAAAUUACUUUAAAAUUAUUGAAUUGAAAGCAAAUGAAAUAUCAUUUAAAUAUCUUAAAGAUAGUUCAGAUGAUCAAGAUUGUACGAUUAGUAUUAUAACAAAAGAUCAAACGGUUCAAAAUUUGACCGUUAAAUUAGCACCUUCAAAUCCGCAGCAUAUAAUUCAACCAUUCAUCGAUGCAAGCCAUUUGGAUUAUCAUUUCAUCUUUAGUUAUCUACAAUUCACUUCAUCUUUAUUUUCCACUUUCAAAAAUAUAUUAAACGAAAGGGAUGCAAAUGGCAAUCGUCCAGUAAGAUUUACCACUGUGAAUUUAGGAUUACAUAAUUUGAAUGAAUAUCAAUUAGUUUAUUGUAAUCGUGAAGCAGGAACUAAGAUUACGAUAAUUAUUGAAUUGAAAAAUGUUAUUCAUAAUGGUAGAAGAAAUCUUCAAUUUUAUAUACAUUUUUCUGAUGAUGAGCAUAUCACUACAAAAUCAAAAGCAUACCCAAUGAUGCAUCAAGUUCGUAAUCAAAUUUUCAUGUUAGACACUAAAUCAAUACAGAAUGGUUUAAACAAUGCUAAUAAAUUGAAAACUGAUUGUAAAUAUCCAAAUGCUAUCAAAUUAAUACAUGGAAUUUCUUGCGAUUCCACAGAUAUUGAGCCAAUUCUGUCUGAAAUCCAUGAUAUUUUGAAGAUUGACAGCAAUACAGCGAAAUAG